CGACGAAUCCGAGGUUCGACGCAAACUUGGCUUUGUGAGCUUCCCCAUCCACCAAACUCCCCGUUUUCCCCUUUUCCUCCUCGACCCUUACUUAACCUGCACUACUGUCGCCAAUCUCCAUUUUGCCAUGAGGCAAGGCAAAGCUGUGAGCACGACGUCGAGCAGGGACGACAUGAGGUAAGCCCUAUGGGGCCACGCAGAUCCAGUGGCCCAGCAUCCGAAUCUGUGUCCUGGAGGGCAGGCGGCUGGGCCGCCUCUCUCCUGAGCAGCCCUAUGUGGUCGUGUAGAUCCAGCGAUCCAGGCGCCGAUGGACUGCCGGAUUUGUAUCCUAGAGGGCAAAUCUAGGUUUCGCACCAAGUUUCUCAGAUCUCACAGCCUUCAGAAAUCAAUAGAUAGAACGCUAGAUUCAGCGGUGAUGUCCGGAAGACGGAUGGGCAACCUGAUCUACGAGGUGACGCGCGGCGUCCUCAAGAUCUUCCUCAAGAACGCCAUCCUUGACGCCGUGACCUACACCGCCAUGGACGUCGUCUAUGCGCUGAAGAGGCAGGGAAGGACUCUAUGGCUUCGGUGCUUAAUCAGACAUAAGAUAGGAAAGAGGAGGACAACGGCAGCUAUGGCAGCCAAAGUUUCUGCUCAUUGAAGUUAAUGCUCAGUGAAUGAGUCGUUCUUAGCCGAUAGAUUGCAGAUGAACACUACGUCUAUGCUCUGUUGAUGAUUGCAAUGAAGAAGAUUGUGCUUUCUGAAUUGAAUGAACACUAUAGAACAUCAGAAAUCUUUUUUUAAA